CUGAUCUGAAUGUGUUUACGGUCAUGUGGAGGAAAGAGAGUACACUUCUAUAUGUAGACAAAAUCCAUCAGGGGGCCAAGGACCCUCGGAUUACAUAUCACAGACACAACAAUUCUCUUAUUGUCACGAAUGUCAAUACCAGGGACUCUGGACAGUAUUAUUGCACUUUCAGCACUACUCCAAAAGUGGAAGUGAUGCAUACAGUGAAUGUUUUUGCUCCAGCAGCAAUAAACAACAUUCAACCAAGCAGAACACUUACGAUAGAUAAGGGUUCUGCAGUCACACUGAAGUGCAGUGUUACUGGAUAUCCCCGCCCAGAAAUCAAAUGGAAGAAGUUGACGAAGUAUAAUAAACCUGACGCAACUGUCAUUACAACUAAUGAAAAUAUCACUUUCAGUUCUGUGGAGAGGUUUGACUCUGGCACUUAUGAAUGCUUUGCCAAAAAUAAUCAAGGACCAGAAGUUUUGGCUGAAGUUUAUAUUAAUGUUACAUGUAAGUAUGGAAUUAGUCUAUGGCUAAUGUAGAGAGUUUUGUUGAGUUAGAUGCACCACAUCAUAGCAUUAUCCUCCAUACUUUUGAAUUCACCCUUCAGAGUUGAGCUUCUAACAAUAUGGUGUAAUGAAUUUACACUGAAAUAUUGUGGUUACUCUGCGUUUCCUUUUGAUGACAGGAUAAUAUAUGUUGAACAGUAUUUUUGCAGCGUUUGUUGCCUUUGGGUGUUCAUUGGUGUGACUGAAGAAGAAGAAGAAGAUAAUGAG